AUGACACGACAUGCGUUUUCCUGUAGAUGCGGCUUCCGUGGCGGUUACUGUGAACUCGUUAACUUCGAUCGUGGAGUCAAGGCGGAGCUGUACAAAUGUCUGUCAGCCCGUCUCUGCCCUGCCACACUUGGUCAGCUUAUAAUUGACGUGAUUGUCAAUCCACCAAAGAGGGGAGAACCUUCUUUCCAGUCUUUCAAUGCCGAAAAGACCGCCGUUCUUGCCAGCCUUCGAAAGAAGGCGAAACUGGUGGAAACCCUCUUCAACGAACUACCGGGAUUUAAGUGCCAACCUGUGAUGGGUGCCAUGUAUGCCUUUCCAAGACUCCAUCUACCUCAAAAGGCUCUUGAAGCUGCAAGGGAAAAGAGGAUGCCCCUGGAUACUUUCUAUGUGACAGAGCUUUUGGAGAAGACAGGAAUCUGCGUUGUGCCUGGGACAGGUUUUGGCCAAAAGCCUGGCACCUAUCACUUCAGGACUACCAUCCUCCCAGCCGAACGACAAAUGCACAUCAUGAUUGACCGUUUAAAGGCCUUUCACACGAAAUUCAUGGCGAAAUACAGCUAA